ACUAGACAGCCGCCUCUGUACCCGAGGCUGCUAAUGGAGAAGGUGAUAGCUUGUGGGCGAAGAGCCGAGUCCUUUCUGUAUCCCUAACCACACCGAACUAAGAUUUCAUAGCCAAAGUUCUUUCCAAUGUGCCAUAAACCCUCACUUUCUUCAGUUCAGACCCUCAUUUUUCUACUGCAAUCAUGCAAAGAAUCCCAAGAAAUCCGUCAGGUCCAUGGCUUAAUGGUCAAGACUGGCCUUGACCUCGUCUCCUUCCCUCUCAGCAAGCUUCUUGCAAGCUCGAUCCGUGAUACAACAUAUGUACUCAGUAUUUUCAAACAUAUAGGUAGCCCAACCCUUUUCAUGUUCAAUACCAUGCUUAGGAGCUAUUCAAUCAGUGAUGACCCAAGACGAGCCCUUAUCCUCUUCAAUCAAAUGAGGCUACAGAGGUUAUUUGAUCAGUUCACCUUCAUUGCCACCCUCAAAUCUUGUGCCCGUGUUUCAGCAAUCAGGACUGGUUUGGGUGUUCAUUCAGUUCUUUUGAGGACUGGGUUUUUCUUUUAUCUCAAUGUGAUGAACAGCCUCUUGCAUUUCGUGUGCGCUAGUGGAUGGAUCCGUGAUGCACAACAACUGUUUGAUGAAUUCCCUCAUGACAAAGACUUGGUUACAUGGAACACCUUAAUGGGUGGCUAUCUUUCGGUUCACAAGUAUGACAUUGUAAUAGAUUUAUAUAAACAGAUGAGUAGUAAUGGGUUAUAUGUUAGUGUUAGUACCAUUUUGAAUAUUUCAUCGGCCAUUGGUGAGUUAAGUGGCCGUGUAUCAGGGGAUUCUAUACAUUCACAUUGCAUCAAACUUGGUCUUUCUCUGAAUGUGAAUGUUGCUAGUGCUUUGAUUUCAAUGUAUGGAAAAAUAGGUGGCAUUGAUUCAGGGCGUAAAAUUUUUGAUGAAGCUGUUGUAAAAGAUGUUGUGAUGUGGAACUGUUUGAUAUAUGGAUAUGCUAGAAACGGAAUAAUGAGUGAAGCUUUCAGAUUGUUGAGGUUAAUGAAGUUUCAUGGAGUGAAGCCGAUUGCAUCAACAUUUCUAGGACUGCUUUCAGUUUCUGAAGCCUCUGGAGAUCUCACUGUAGGUCGAUAUGUCCAUGACUACAUAAAAGAGCAACAGUUAGUGUUGGAUGCAACUGUGGGAACAACUCUUAUAGAUAUGUAUAUGAAGUGUGGUUUUCUGAAAGAGGCAGUUGAAGCUUUUGAAAACAUAGAGAGGAAAGAUUCUAUUUGUUGGACUUCAAUGAUUUUUGCAUAUGGAUUACAUGGGCAGGCAGAAAAUGCCAUUUCCCUUUUUCACAGAAUGGAGGAAGAAGGGUGCAUGCCCAAUGAAGUCACAUUCUUGGCGGUGCUGAGUGCCUGUAGCCACAAGGGUUUGGUGGCUGAGGGGAAUAGUUUUUUCAGAAGAAUGAUAGACAAAUAUUCAUUUUCUCCAAAGAUUGGGCAUUAUGGAUGUGUUAUUGAUCUCAUGGGCCGUAGUGGGUUGUUAGAAGAAGCUAAAAAGCUAACCCAGAGCUUGCCCAUUAAGGACGAUGCCACUAUGUGGCGUACAUUGCUAGCAGCAUGCAGACUGUAUGGCAACAUUUGUUUAGGGGAAGACGUUAAGAGAGAGUUGGAGCAGAGGUUUGAUGAACAUCCAGCGGAUUCGGUAACUCUCUCCAGUGCCUAUGCCAUCGCUGGAAGAAUAGAAGAUCGUGCAAGGAUUCUUGAGAAAGCUAAAGGAAAACUAAUGGAACGGUGGAUAAGCUCUCCAGUUGGAAAGAAGGAAGUCGGAUUUAGUAGAGUAAACGUGGCUGUCGUUCAGCAAAGAGAAGGAAUAAAUAAAUAAAAUAAUCACUAAUAAACAGCAGGAAUUGUGUGACAUUUGGCCUGGAAACAGAGAUGAUACCAGAAGAAUAAAUAUUCAACUGAGUAUUUCACCAGCAGCUCAAGGCUCUGGCAUUGUCUGUAAAUGUAAAUGGGUAUCUGGUGACCGAAGUUUCUGGUGUCUUACAUUUGAUGUGAUGGUUGCGUGAGAGUUUCCCGCCGCUUUAAGUCAAGCAUCUGCCAGUAUGGACGAAGCCACUGUUGGUGUGGAGAAGCCUUUCAGAAUUUUAUCUGCAGUUCCCAUAAUUGCCAAUGUGAUUGUCAGUGAUAGCAUUUUCCCCGUCCUUACUUCAUCAACAGAUUAUAGACUUCAUUUAUCUAUCUAUGACAAGUACCUCAUUGGCAUGGAAAGGGGAUGGCUGGGAUAUCAGAUAUGCUUCUGCUGCCUUGCUAGCUUUUUUUGCGGUUUUUAUGUUACUCGCUAUACUAGCCAAGGUAGGCCAGCUGAUGAACUCAAAGUAUUAGCUCCUCCGGAAAUGAACACUGUGGAGCAGCUUUUGGCCAUUCAAAAUGCCAUUUCCCAAGCUGAAGAACUGAUCCAAGAUGGAAACAUUGUUCUUCUCAAGUUCCGUGCAUUAUUGUUGACUAUAUUCCCGCAGCCCGCAGAUGAAGAUUUCAGAGAAGAUCACUGCACAUGAUGGUCAACAGUGACUAUUCUUGUCAUGGAUAAGCCUUGGCAGAUCAUCUCAAUUGGCGUAGAAAGCAGUUAUGCUUGAGACAAAUAUCUACCGUAUUAGGUCUUAACAUAACACAUGUGAACCGAACAUUUACCUUAAACUAUGUGUACGUUUAUGUUACAUAUAUGUCCUCUUUUUAUAGCUGCUAUAUCAUUUUAUUUCACUUAGUUAAUGAUGUACUCAGCUGAAAUUUUAUAAUUUUCCCUUCACCUUUAACAUGAGUCAUGAUCCAUAUAUGAUAUUGAACAUUUUGUUUAGAGAUUUUGAUCCUGAAACCAUUCCCUUUAAGCAGUUAAGUCCUUCAAAAAUAACCCCAUCUAAUACACGAUUUCCACUCACAACGGAAGUGUGACAGAAUGAUGGGCAAUGGAUGAAGGUAAAGAACACCUCUAGACUUCUAAGCUCUGUUAAGAUGUGUUUGGAGCAAUUUCGGGGCGCAAGAGUAAUGAGAAAAGAUGCCAGGUUGAAUGUAUGUGGAACAGUAUACUUAGCCUGGAAAGCCAGUAAUGAGACCAUUUUUUCACAUAAGCAUGUUACUGCCUUUUCUUUGCAGAUAGAGAUUUUGUGUUUGAUGAUGUUGUAUACUUUAGUUUCUGCUGUGUUUGGGACAUUUUUUAUGUUUAGUUUAGUAGAGCAGAUGCUAUAAUGCAGAUCAGGAUGCUUGGUUUUAUUAUGAAUGUGAUGUAAGGUGGAAUGCCCCCUGUUUUUUUUUAUUACUACCCC